AUGUAUGUUCUGUUUCCGUCGGCUGAUUCUUAUCUAUCUAUCUAUCUAUCUAUCUAUCUAUCUAUCUAUCUAUCUAUCUAUCUCAGUCGGUUCGUAUCUAUGUAUUUAUCUCAGCGUGUCUUAUUUUUGCUUUACUUUCUCUAUGUUCUUCCUCAUUCUCUCUCAUAUGCACGAUUUCCUUUGCCUUCUUUUAUCUUUUCUCUUUUAUGCCAACGACAUCAAUCUCAUCCUCUCUUUUUCUUUUUCCUUUUCUUUCGAAUAUUUCUCUCUAAUUUUCUUUAUUAUUCUUUUGCGAGAAAGAAAUGCUAUUUUGUCUCCUUUAUUUUGUUCUCUACUUUUCUUUCUCUUUCCUUUUACUCAUUUUCUUUCUCCCGCACAAACAUUUCUCUUAUUUCUAUUCCUCUUCUUCUCUUAACUUUUGACCUUUGUUCUUUCACUCCUAAUUUUUUACUCCCUCCUCACCUCUCCUUCUCUCUAUUCCUCCUCUCUUUCUGUCACUAA